GCGAGCCUAAGUCGGCGCUGCACACAAUAGGGAGAGGGGUCGCCCGGCAGGACCUGCGAGGCCGGCGGGCGCAGGAGGCGACAGGGGCGGCGCGGGGCCUGCGGAGGCGCCUCUCCCCGGCAGGCCGGCGGGACCAUGCCGGGCUUCGACUACAAGUUCCUGGAGAAGCCGAAGCGGCGGCUGCUGUGCCCGCUGUGCGCCAAGGCCAUGCGCGAGCCCGUCCGCGUCUCCACCUGCGGCCACCGCUUCUGCGACACCUGCCUGCAGGAAUUCCUCAGCGAGGGGGUCUUCAAGUGUCCAGAGGACCAGUUGCCCCUUGACUACGCCAAGAUCUACCCAGACCCAGAACUGGAGGCUCAGGUCCUGAGCUUGACUAUCCGGUGCAUACACAGCGAGGAGGGGUGCCGCUGGAGCGGGACCGUCCGCCACCUGCAGGUGCACCUUGGGACGUGCAGCUACAACGUGGUGCCCUGCCCCAACCGCUGUGGGGCCAAGCUGAGCCGCCGGGACCUCCCGCCCCACGUGCAGCACGACUGCCCCCAGCGCCACCUCAAGUGCGAGUUCUGCGGGGCCGACUUCACGGGGGAAGCCUACGAGAACCACCAGGGCCUCUGUCCCCAGGAGAGCGUCUACUGUGAAAACAAGUGCGGCGCCCGGAUGAUGCGACGGCUGCUGUCUCAGCACAUGCUCUCUGAGUGCCCCAAGCGCACGCAGCCCUGCGGCUACUGCAGCAAGGAGUUCCUGUACGACACCAUCCAGAACCACGAGUAUCAGUGCCCACGCUACCCCGUGCCUUGCCCGAACCAGUGUGGGGUGCCCAGCAUCGCCAGGGAAGACCUCAGUGGGCACUUGAAAGAGAACUGCACCACAGCGCUGGCGCUCUGCCCCUUCAAGGAAGCUGGCUGCAAGCACCGGUGCCCCAAGCUCUCCAUGAGCCGCCACCUGGACGAGAGCACGAAGAUGCACCUGGGCCUGAUGUGCGCCCUGGUGGCUCGCCAGCGGCAGGAGCUGGGGGACCUCCGCCGCGAGGUGGAGGAGCUGGCGGUGGGCAGCGAGGGCGUCCUGAUCUGGAAGAUCGCCGACUACGCCCGCAAGCUGCAGGAGGCCAAGGCCCGCAGCAACUUUGAGUCCUUCAGCCCUCCCUUCUACACCCACCGCUACGGCUACCGGCUCCAGGUCUCGGCCUUCCUCAACGGGAACGGCAGCGGCGAGGGCAGCCACCUCUCGGUCUACAUCCGUGUCCUGCCCGGCCAGUACGACAACCUCCUGGAGUGGCCCUUCGCCUACCGGGUCACCUUCUCCCUGCUGGACCAGAGCGACCCCUCGCUCUCCAAGCCGCAACACAUCACCGAGACCUUCCUGCCGGACCCCAACUGGAAGAACUUCCAGAAGCCGGGGGCGGGGCGCACGUCCCUGGACGAGAGCCUGCUGGGGUUCGGGUACCCCAAGUUCAUCUCCCACGAGGACAUCAAGAAGCGCAACUACGUGAGGGACAACGCCGUCUUCAUCAAGGCCUCGGUGGAGAUCCCCCAGAAAAUCAUCUCCUGAGCGCCUUCGUCCCCGGAAAGACGGGAUUAAAUCGGUUCCUGCUUUGCAACGGGUCAGACUGGAUGAGCCUUGGUGCACCCUUGAAACUCUACAAGUCUGUGAUUAUACAGUUCCCUGGAGGUCUUUUAAGCAGAGAUUGUUUGGGUAGGGGGGUUCUCUAGCUGUGAUUCCUGCAUUGGACCAAAUGGACCCUGGAAGUCCCUUCAGACUAUGAUUCUCCAGAGUGCUGCAUCAGAGUUUUGCAUCUGAAAAUAUUGUACUCUUGUCUUGCCCAACUUGCCCUUUGUAGUCCUGACCUCUGGAUUGAUUCUCAGCCUCUCCCCCCCCCCAAAUGGUGCUAACUAGCUACAGCUGAAGGAGGAAAUCCUGCCUUCCUUGAGACCAUCUCCUCCCCCCCUCCCCGCCAAUGCAGCUGGGCUGCCUCUGUUUUCCUCCCCCCC